CCCCCCCCCAGCAGUCAAUGGAUCGCUGUGAGGUUUCAGAGAACUGCCACCAUCAUAGCCCGGGGGCCCAGGGGAGCCAGCGGCGCCUGGUCAGUGGACUCCUUCUCUGGGUCGGUCUCCUCACCGUCAGCCACGUGGUUUCCAUCACCCUACUCGUCAUCACCAGGCCACACGCACUGCCUUUGCCAGAAAUAGUUUCAGCUCCAAAACCCACAGCAGACUCAUCUCUGAGCAUACCCCUGGAGCCACAAAGAGUGCCAUGGCAAAUGCUCACCUUUGAACCCACAAGUAUAGACGAUAAUGAUGUCUCGGUGGCGAGAAGUGGGAUCAAGUGGAAGACGCAGUCCAAGGCAAAUAAUUUUGUCUCCGUAAAGGGCGGAUCCCUGACCAUCAACCAGGAUGGUUGUUACUUCCUGUAUCUUCAGGUGACUCUGGAGACACCAGAGGUGUCUGGACAGCACAUAGUGAGAGUGAACAAGCCCAACAGAGUCCUGCUUGAAGUAAGGAUGACCAACACCUCCAUCAGCACAGGGUUCCUGGGCAGGGCUGUGGAUCUAGCAGCCUCUGACACCCUCACAGUCACUGUCUCCCCUGGUGCCAGGAUCAACACCAGCUACACCGCCACAUACCUGGGCAUCAUAGGUCCAAAAUUAUAUCUGUAGAUUCUAUUGGAUAUAGACACUCCUGUCUUCAUAGACACAUGCUGGGGGCUAGAUCUGGGAGUCAUUUGGUAGGGGUUGAUUGAAUAGAUCCUGGAGAUCUGGAGUUAACUGGGAUCAACCCAUCAUCCCACCACCUUUCAGAGAGAGGGAGUAGUGGGGAAGAUCAUGUGGGAGACACCGUAUAUUUGACUGAAACUGAUUCAGUCCGACUCCCUGCUCAUCACAGAAGAUUAUUCCACUCCUUUAUCCUCUACCUAGCCUUCCAACUGGUUUUCAGCUGCAAGGAUUUUCUUUCCAGAAUUCUACUGAUUUUUUUAUUUGAUUUUUAUUAACCGUUAUUUAACUAGGCAAGUCAGUUAAGAACAAAUUCUUAUUUUCAAUGAGAGCCAACCAAAAUGCAAAAGGCCUCCUGCAGGGAAGGGGGAUUAAAAAUGUAAUAUAAUAAUGUGUCUUGUAAUGUUUAAAAGUAUUGGUCAUCAUGGGUUAUGGGUUGUUACUUUAGCAUGUUUCUCUCUUGGAUGAUGAUGUUUUAUCGCUCAGGGUUAUCCUUAGUAUGUUCUUCAGGUAAAUAUUGUUUUUUAAGCUUUGAAUGAGGGGAUUGUCUUAUCAAGUCAUGUGCACAGGGUUGUUGAGAGAAUGCAGAGUAUCAACAUAUCUUUCAUGUUUACUUUAAUAUUUGCGUAUUGCUUUGUAUUUAAAAUAUUCUUUUUUUACCUAUUUAUGUCUUAUUACAAUAUUAUCUUAUUAUUAUUUUCUUAUUUAUUUUCUAUAUCUAUUUUGAAGGACAUGUUGAGUAUGUUGUAGGAUGAGAUGUAGAGAUAAUCAAUGAAUGUAUGUCACGAACCAGGUUUCCAUUCAAUCGUUUUAUGCGAGUAAAGUACGUCAGGUAAAACAUUUAAUGACAGGCCUGAUGGAAACAUGUUUCGGUAAACCUUCCAAAUGUAGACAAAACAAAGUACGCUAUACAAGGUGGGAUCAUUUUGUGUCGGUAAAACAUCUUCAUGCCCAAAUAUUGAUGUAAUAACCAUCAUAUCGAAGUAAACUUGGAGUCACGCCACUACAACUCGGGAAAGCAUGCAGUUUAUUGGCUACAGAUUAAAUACAUUACGAUGAACUUUUCAAUAACUUUUCAAUAAAUAUCGAGGGUCUUCUUCUGUCGAUGA